AUACAAAUUUGUUUCUUAAAAAAUUAAUAAAAAAAACUGAAGGGUCAAAUAAUGGAUGUGAAAAAUAUGAUAAUAGAAGCAUUACAAAUAAUAGGAAAGCCAGCAAGUCCUCAACAGAUAGCAUAUAAAAUAAGAAACACCACGGGAAGGAAGUACAAUAUAGUGUUUCCUCAAGUUAAAGAAUACCUUACUGAAUACAUAGAUGAAGAUUUUGUAGAAGUACAUAAGGAUAAUAAGUAUUUCUAUAGCCCAAAAACUAUUGCCGAAACAAGCUGUAAACUAACAUCUGAAAAAACUGGAAGAAAAAAGAAAAAGAAAAAAAAGAUGACACUAAAGGAUUACAUAUGUGCUGUCGAGGCUUUCGACAAUAGAAAUGAUUCAUCAAAUACUGAAUUUACUGAAUCAAGUGAGCUGGGCGUGAUUGAAAAUGCUCGUGAUGCGGAAAAAGUUAAAAAAUGCGCACCUGAUAUCACUGAUUUUGACAGUGUUAAGGCUGAGACAGCUGGGGCCAGUCUGAACUCAACUGAGAUGAUUCAGAUUGCUCGUGAUGUUUAUUUAGGUGCAGAGCAAGUCAAAAAAAGCGCACCUGAUAUCACUGAUGUCGACAGUGUUAAGGCUGAGACAGCUGGGGCCAGUCUGAACUCAACUGAGAUAAUGCGAGAUGCUUCUAAUGCAGCAACUGAAUUAUGUUUGCGUGAUGAUGAGGAUUGUGCCAUAUGCAAUGAAAAAUCUGAUGCCCCUGAUGAUAAAAAUUAGGCUUUUCGAAACGCAAAAUGCAAAAUGUUUUGAGACAAAAUUUAAUAUGUUCCGCCCUAGAAUUAUUAUUUGGACAACACUUGUUGGUGCUUGUAUGAAACCCAACUAAACGAAAAAAUUUAUGCGUAAAUUUAUGCUAAAAUGUAUUUUAGAAAAUGUAGUUAGACCUGCUAAAAUCAAAAAGAAACUAGUCGUGA